UGGCCGUUCCUCAACAACCUUCAUUCGGUAGAUUACAUCUAAACCUUACUCGUAUAUUUAAUCUUAGCUUGUUUCCUCAAAUGUGUCUUAGUUCAGUAUCAACGUGAUUGCUUGCUAGCAUUUGAAGAAUUGAGGAAUUGACGAUCAUGGCUUUAACUACCGGUGUCGGAGACCAAGAAACGGCACCUUUACUAGCAACAUCGCCAACAGCGUCAACUGGCGUCAUUCAUUCGCAGUAUCAAUCACUAAGUCAAAUAAACAGCAACAAUGAAGGCGAUAGUAGUGAUAUCAGCAGCACCGACCCCGAAUGGACGCUCGGUCAAAGCGCGCGCAGACUAUACAUCUCUCAUACCCUCUCAACCUGGAACUCACGUGUCUUUGAAUUCGGAAGCGUACUAUAUCUCGCCUCAAUAUUUCCGGGUACUCUAAUGCCCCUUGCUAUAUAUUCGAUAGUGCGAGGCGCCUCCGCGAUUACAUUGUCGUCAUGGGUCGGGAGUUAUAUCGAUCGUAAAGACCGUCUUAAUACAGUGAGACUGUCAAUCGUCUCACAGCGACUUGUUGUUGCUGCUUCAUGCGCUAUAUAUUUUAUACUCAGCAGAGGCCAAAGUCUUUCAGAUCAACUGCGGGUCGGUUUGCUUGCAGCAUUAAUCUUCAUGGCCUGCAUUGAGAAACUGGCCGCUAUCAUGAAUCUCGUGUCUGUGGAAAGAGAUUGGGUUAUUGUUGUGGCUCGCUCAGAUACUACUGCACUUCGAACCAUGAACUCGCAAAUGAGGCGAAUUGACCUUGUUUGUAAACUCCUUGGACCUUUCUUUAUCGGUAUCCUUGACGGUGUUUCCACGGAAACAGCGAUUCUUGUUAACUUAGCAAUGAACUGUACUUCAGUCGUUGUUGAGUAUUUUACCAUUGCCAAAGUCUAUUAUCAAGUACCUGAACUGCAGCAUCCAAAGACCACGCCUCCUAUCGUACCACAAAACGAGGGGCAGCAGACUCGUCAGAAUGCCUGGGUAUCAUUCAAAAAGGCCAUGCAGAAGACGUCCAGUGAUCUUCGACUUUACUUUACACAUCCUGCAUUUGCACCCUCAUUCUCAAUAGCACUUCUUUACUGUACCGUUUUGUCUUUCGGCGGAGUCAUGGUUACAUAUUUGCUGGCGAGUGGAUAUACUUCAGCUCAAAUUGCUGCAAUGAGAACAGUCUCAGUGACUCUUGAGGUUCUCGCCACUUGGAUUGGACCGUGGUUAAUGAAGAGGAUUGGACCAGUUCGUGCUGGUCUAUGGUUCCUGAGCUGGGAACUGGGCUGCUUAGCAGUUGGUGUAUCAAUUUUCUGGCGAUAUGCUGACAAUGUCUUGAUAUCAACACUGGGACUUGUCUGUGGUUCAAUGCUGAGUCGAAUCGGACUUUGGGGUGUCGAUCUUUCUGCACAAGUCAUUAUUCAAGAGGAAGUUGAGGCAGAGAAACGAGGAGCCUUUUCUGCUGUGGAAGCUAGUUGGCAAAAUGUGUUCGAGAUGUGUUCAUACACGUCGACCAUCAUUUUCUCGUCACCCAGUCAGUUCCACAGCCCAACAGCACUCAGCGUCACAGCAGUAUUCUUUGCAUGGAUACUGUACAGCUCUUUUGUCAAGAAGCGGCGAGGACAUCUCGUGCACUGGCCGAGUUGCAUGUCCCCAGAAAAGCAGCAAGCAACGAUCGACGAACUAUUCGAGUCCGGGCCGUCAAGGCGAAGAGAGGGGCUCUGAAUGUUUGUAUGAUAUGCAUAUGCAAGAGAGGAUCGCACGAGACACGUUGGUGGUCACCUGGAUCGGGAAGCAGUGCAACAAUGAUAGGAUAGCACAGGAUCUCGUGGGUUGGGAACCCUCCACGUUUAUUUCCGUGUCUCGGACGGCAGCGGGUUGUCUUGGAUAUGCAUGCAUGGCAAGGCCUCGUGGAUCGAGGAGCGACCCUUAUAGAUGAUGCAGGUUUGGUUACAUGAGGGAGGACAGCAUGUGCAAGGUAGUAGCAGUAAUUUGAGUAGAUGUGUAUGACAUGAAGAAACUCGAGCAAGAGAACAGUGAGACGAUGGUUGUCUUUUUCUGUUUGUCAACACAUUGCUUCACAUUUUAAAUUCUCUUUUGUAUACGAGAUAUCAUCUAUAGCCUAGGAGAUAUAUUGUAGGUCAUCGUAAGCCCAUGUCUCAUAUAAAUACGACCCUCAUUGAACUACAAG